AAAAAACAGUGGAGGCCAAAAUAAUCUGUUGAUUGGCUUUUGCACAUCAGAUUCACUGCUGGAGCUGUAAACCUCCGCCUGGACCCAACUGCCGCUCCUGACCCGCUUCUCCUGGAGGACUUAUAUAUACGUGGCAGAUCAGUGAGCAUGUCCUCCAGAUAGAGCUAAAGUAAAGCUUACCUGCUGCACAAAAGACACAGACGAGGUCUGUUUGAUCUUGGCCAUGGCCCACGGCACCAGUCUCCAGUAUGAGCCAGUGGCAGAGAUCGGAGGAGGAGCUUACGGGACGGUGUAUAAGGCUCGAGAUACGGAGAGCGGGCAGUUUGUGGCACUGAAGAGUGUGCGCGUCCAGACCGACCAAAAUGGCCUCCCGGUCUCCACAGUCAGAGAGGUGGCUCUGUUGAGACGGCUGGAGCAGUUUGACCAUCCCAACGUGGUCAGGCUUAUGGAUGUAUGUGCCACCCAGAGGUCAGACCUGGAGACGAAAGUCACUCUGGUGUUUGAACAUGUGGACCAAGACCUCAAGACGUACUUGGAGAGAGCUCCAGCUGCAGGAUUAUCCCCCAGCCGCAUUAAAGACCUGAUGAGGCAGUUGCUGUGCGGCCUUGCAUUCCUUCACUCUAACCGCGUGAUGCACAGAGACCUGAAACCAGAGAAUAUUCUGGUAACCAGCCAGGGCCAGGUGAAGCUGGCUGACUUCGGAUUGGCCAGGAUCUACAGCUGCCACAUGGCCCUCACCCCUGUGGUGGUGACGCUGUGGUACCGACCCCCCGAGGUUCUGCUGCAGUCCAGUUACGCCACACCGGUGGACAUCUGGAGCACUGGCUGCAUCUUUGCUGAGAUGUUCAGACGCAAACCUUUGUUCUGCGGAGAAUCAGAAGUGGACCAACUUGGGAAGAUUUUUGAAGUUAUUGGCUUGCCACUAGAGGACGAGUGGCCGACUGAUGUCACGCUCUCAAGAAAACACUUCCCCCCUCUCUUACCUCGCCCAAUCACUGACUUUGUUCCAGAGAUAAAUGAGAAGGGGGCGCAACUGCUGCUGAAAAUGCUGACCUUUGACCCCUUAACGCGGAUAUCUGCCCUGAACGCCCUAGAACAUCCUUAUUUCCAGGACGAGGAGACAUUGACUUGAAAUGAUGCAGUGCAUCGAGAGGUAACAGUGUCUAAGUUUAGACCUGGCCUAACCUUAAAGGAUUUAGGAUUUCAAUAUCAUUGCCUUUCAAGACAUCUGGGUUAUGCUUUGGGAUAUUUUUUUGUUACUCCUACAUCAAAAAAAAGGAUUAAAGCCUGAGAAAUGGAAUUAAAAAAAGAAGAGGAGUGAACGUAAGGAUCACUGGAACGCUUUCCAACGUCACAAUUUAAUGAUGUUAACAUGUCGUGUCUCCAAGGACAGUACCAGUGUUUUUGAUGUUUGAUUUGUGUCUCAGUCUCGUCCGCGGGGACUGAUGCACAGAAAAGUCUGUCAUCUCCUCUGAAAUGUUGCUCUUCUUACUUUUGUACAGUGUUUAGACAGGAGGAAGCAGAGAUGUCGUGUUUUCUCGUUACAGGCUGAACAAAGUCUGACAGAAGUGACACCUCAGGGCUAGAAAAUCGGGUUGUUUGUGAUCUUAUUGUAUCGGUGUUCAUAUUUAUCAUACGAGAGGAACAAGAAUACCACAAGUUUUAAUGAAAAUCAUGAAGAAAUGAAAGAACAGUCUGGAGCACCAGAUGAAAAAAUACACAAGAAAGAUGGCAAAAGAAGGCAAAAAAUACUGGUAUUGCCCUUAAAUACUCGUACAUUGAAGUUCCUUUUAUGGGAAGACUGAGGGGGUGGACUUCAUUUCAUGUUUAACGUUUUUUGUCCGUUUGCUUAAACCCUUUGAAAUCAACAAGCACUGCAACUACAAAUAAAUAAAAAAUGUUUUAAUCAC